GCCACCUUGCGAGGAGGACACCGGCGGCACGACAGCGUUCAGGACGGUAGAAGCCGGAGACGUUUUUUUUUUUUUUUUUUUUUUUUAAAAAAAAUUUUGUAGGAAGUCAUGCAGAACUUACCUGUUUGCCUCAAGAUGACUGUUUUCAUGACUCUUUUUGUGUGUGUGCUCGUGACUCCAUCGUCCGCAUCCAAGGCGAACGUGCCGCGACUGCGCAUCUCAUACAAAGAUAUUCUGGCGACCAACAGAUCCUCACUUUUCAGUGGUCACCGUGGCUUUCUUAGCCUCACGUCUGUCUUUCUAGAUGAAUACCAUGACCGGCUUUUCCUGGGAGGCAAGGAUGUGCUGUACUCUUUACCUCUGGACCACACCAACUCAGACUCCAAAGAGAUUUACUGGCCUCCACAGCCUGGAAACAAAGAGGAGUGUGUGCUCAAAGGCAAAGACCACCAGACCGAGUGCGCCAACUAUGUGCGCCUGCUGCAGCCUUACAACCGCACCCACCUGCUGGCCUGUGGCACGGGAGCUUUCCAGCCCACGUGUGCCUUUGUCCACGUGGGACACAGGGGGGAGCAUGUGUUCGCAAUGGACCGGACCAACAUGGAGAAUGGCAGGGGGAAGUGCCCACAUGAUCCCAGCCGCCCCUUCGCCAGCACCUUCAUCGGUGGGGAGCUCUACACAGGCCUGACCGCUGACUUCCUAGGCCGCGAUGCAGUGAUCUUCCGGAGUCUGGGCAGCCGCUCCACCAUGCGGACUGAGACUGACCAGCGUCUGCUCCACGACCCCCAGUUCGUAGCUGCACACCUGAUCCCCGACAAUGACGACCGUGACAAUGAUAAGGUGUAUUUCUUCUUCACGGAGAAAGCCAUGGAAGCCGGGGAUGGUUCCGGGGCCAUUCACAGCCGUGUGGGACGUGUGUGUGCCAAUGAUGCUGGCGGGCAGAGAGUCCUUGUGAACAAAUGGAGCACCUUCAUCAAAGCCAGGCUGGUGUGCUCCGUCCCCGGGCCUCACGGCAUCGACACGCACUUUGACCAGCUAGAGGAUGUCUUCCUCCUCAAGACAAAGGAUGAGAAGAACCCGGACGUGUACGCUAUUUUUAGCACUAUCAGUAACGUUUUUCAGGGUUACGCCGUGUGCAUGUACCGGAUGGCAGAUAUUCGCGAAGCCUUUAACGGCCCUUUUGCACACAAAGAAGGACCAGACUACCAGUGGGGGGCCUAUGAAGGCCGCAUCCCUUACCCAAGACCUGGAUCGUGCCCCAGUAAGAUCAUCAACCAGCCGGGCCGCCAGUUUGCCAGCACCAAGGAGUUCCCAGACUCGGUGCUGCAGUUCACCCGCAGCCAUCCUCUGAUGUGGAAGCCGAUUCACCCUGUGCUGCGGCAGCCAGUGCUUGUGAAGACAAAUGUGGAGUACCGGCUGAAGCAGAUUGUGGUGGACCGCGUGGAGGCAGAGGAUGGCCAGUAUGAUGUCAUGUUCAUUGGCACUGACAUUGGCACGGUACUGAAGGUCAUUUCCCUGCGGAGGGGCAAUUCUCUGGAUACUGAAGAAGUCAUCCUGGAGGAGAUGCAGGUCUUUAAGGUACCAGCACCCAUUACUUCCUUGGACAUCUCGGUGAAAAGGCAAACUCUGUACGUGGGAUCAGCAGCAGGUGUUGCCCAGGUGCGUCUGCACCGUUGCGAAGCGUACGGCAAGGCCUGUGCCGAGUGCUGCUUGGCCAGAGACCCCUACUGCGCGUGGGACGGCACCUCCUGCACCCGCUACACCCCUCAGAACAAGCGGCGCUACCGACGUCAGGACAUCCGCUACGGCAACCCUGUGCUGCAGUGCAUGGACCAAAACCCCAGCGCAGAGGAACUGGACGCAGGCGAGGACAGGGUGGUGUACGGCACAGAGAACAACAGCACCUUCCUGGAGUGUGUCCCGCGCUCCCCUCAGGCCAGUGUCACUUGGCAGGUGCAGCGAGAGGACCGCAAGGAAGAGGUGAAGCUGGAUGAUCGCGUGAUGAAGACAGAGGAGGGGCUUCUGUUCCGACGUGUCUUCCGCCAAGACGAGGGCACUUACAUCUGCCUCUCUCGCGAGCAUGGAUUCACCCAGACACUGGCACGCAUUUCCCUAGAGGUCCUGCAGGGGGACAUGUUGGGUGAGCUGCUAGCCAGGGAGGAAGGAGUGGACCCCCUGGGCAAAGAUCGGGACAAAGGGGGGCACAGGGCAGCGCCUCCUUGCCACGUCCACCGGGGGAACCCGGGCCACAGUCGCUCCUGGUUCAAAGACAUCAUGCAGCUGAUCGGACCCUCCAACCUGCCCCACGUGGAGGAGUACUGCGAGCGUGUGUGGUGUAGCGACAAGCUGCGGCGCAAACACAAGAGCAUGCUCGACAAGUACCGGCUGGCCCAGGAGAGUGCCCGCAAGGCCCGGAACAAAGCUGCGAGCGAGCGCAGCCGAAUUCCCCGAGACUUGCACGUAUGAGAGUAGCCAAGCGGACGGGGGCAGGAUGGGAGGGGCUGGGGGGUGACCGUGAGGAAGAAUGACAGGACCGAAUACGGUAGAGGAGGUGACCGGAAACAGGAUCUUGACAAAAGCAAUGUCUCACUGACAUGGACUUGUAGAAGGUGGGGGUGGGACAGAGCGUUGUUUAUCUCGAGCCGUUACAGUCUCCAGCACUCAUCGCCGUCUGUCCGCCAUGUGGACCGUGUUCACCUUUCCACCACAGGGUGACCCCAGACACCCCCGUCCAAAGCUGGAGGUCCCGCCUCGGUCCUGAUGUAGAUUUCUCCACUCAGCAGCAAGGAGAUGGUGGGCUGUCUCACAUCACUGACAGUUCGGCUGCCCUGCAUAGCAUCCCCCACAGGGACCCGCGUUUCUCGCCCCAUUGCUGUCUCCUUUGCUCACACAGCGACCCCAGUCCACUCGCUCUGCUUACCCCAUAUCUUGGGCACCAUGAGAAAAAGACAAAGAGACUUGUUUAGGUUAAGGGAGGUAGUUGAAGCUGCUCUUGACACUGAAUCACAGGCAGGAGCCAAACGCAGAAGCGAGAGCUGCUCGGCUCCAAUGGCUCCGUGACGAUAGUUGGUCACCCAACUGAAAAUGGGCACCCUUGCUUUUUUUUUAAAUCAGUGAAAUUCUAAAUCCCACAAUUCCCUUGUGAGCAGUGGCACCCAGCGUUGGAAUAUCCCAGUAUGUUUUGUACACACUGGUUCAUCUUCAGUGAAAUGGAACUUUAUUAUGGCCUUUUUUUGCUGUCCCCCUACCACGUUCUCACUCCAGGAGUCCAAAGUCAUCUCUACGGCCUGGGAAAGCUGCUGCCUUGCUAGUGCCCUCCCUCUCGCAGUCCUACCCCCGUGGGGGACAUCAGUGUGUGGAAGACAGUGGAAGGGGAAGAGCGAUGAAGAAAGAGCCUGGUUGUGCUUGCCAGGAACAAAAACACUGAAACGCUGUCACAUUUCCAAGCUCCUCAGACUUCCUGAGACUAUGAAAAGGGACAAUUAAUGCCGUUUUUGUAUUUCCUGUCGGGUUGACGAUAAGUUAGAGUUUCUGUUUAGUCUUUUUCGUAGGAGGUCUGUUCUUUCUUUAAAGUCAGUGUACUGCGUAGAAUGUCUGACUAUAUAAUCUGUGGUUUUUUUACUUUAGUUUACUGUAGAACAAAGUCAAUGUGGAGACAUUAGAACAGAAACUGUGGCAACGAGCUGCUGUGUCCAGACGGUCAGUGUCAUUUUCUCAAGUCUUCAUCUGCGAUCAGUUAACUAUUUGUUCACAAAGGGGGGUUGAACAUUUUAUUGUAAAUCAAGUUUGACUUUUCAGCAUGUUUUAGUGGAAAGCAUGCUUUACUUGAUUUUUUUCUAAGCCUUUCAACAUGUAAAUUCAAUUUUUGAACAAUAACAGUAAAGUUUGCUCAGAUUAAAUGUGCGGAACACAUUCAGUCCUACAUUUGUCAGCGACGAAUUAUCUGCUAUCUAACAUCACGUUAUACUUCGUGACACGUGCUGUCGGACGGCGUUACUUUUGCUGACUUGCUGUUGUGGACGGAUGGUUGUGAAGUGUCAUCUGAUACAGUGCCAGUAUCAAUCUGACAAAUGGAUUUUGCUGUAUGAAGCUCUACGGACACUUUUGGUGACACUGAGUCUAAUUUAAUGUUAAUGUAUUUAUGAUUUAUUUAAUGAUCUUACCUUGUGCAUGCCUUAUGAGUGUACUAAAAAAACAUACAUAAAAAAUUUAAUUGUUUUUUGGAACAGAGCUAAAAGGAAGAUCCUUUCUUGGCGUGUUGUUCUGCCUUUGAUGUCGUACAAGUUGUGCAUGUUAGCAGGAUGGCUGCAUGCAAAUAUCAGCCAAGGCGGUAAUAGCAGCAGCCUAGAGUCUGGACUGGACUCCUGCUGCGCUGGGUGGGGGAAGCAGGGCGCGACAACUAGGGAAGAGGGUUGCUAAUUAGAAGCAUAGGCCCUGCGACCAUCAAACGAAUUUCAUUUUCAAGCGUCAAUUCCAAAAUGCCCCGCGCAGUGCAUUCUGCCUCCCUCUGUGUGUCCUCCUGUCUGCCUUCAUGUCUGCCUGUUGUCUCCUGGAGAUCCCCUGGGUUCUACAGCUGACUAAUGACUCUUUUGAAAAUGUAACAUUCAGAAAAAAGAAAUUAAAUAAAUAUGGA